AUAAUCUAUAUUACCUGUUAUCCCAGGGUGAUUGAAACAGUCCUUUUCAAGAUGUAUGGAAUAUCACAUGUUGCAUCAACACCAGGAGCAAGUUCAACAGCAUUUAAUGGAGAAUAUAGACGCAGCCUCUCACAACAGAUUUUUCCAAGUUACACUUGUGCCUUUUUGGAUGAUGACCCUGCCUAUGAGUGUUGCUCCACAAAUCCUCGGACAGGCUUCCUUUCCACAUGUCGCCGCAGCCCUCGACUGCUUUCUAAUGGUUAUUACAUUUUGACAGAAGAUAGUUUUCUGUCUGAUGAAGAAGGCAACAUAACACUGACACCAUCCCAGACAAGUGUUACAUAUAAAGAGAAUUUAGUUCGCGUAUUCAGGCGAAGGAAGAAAAUCCGUCGCUCUCUUGCCAGCUUGUUCAAUCUCAGCACCUCCAGUUCAUGGCUCAGCAGCUCCAUCCUCAGUGAUAUGGAUUCCUCCCAUGUAGACGAGCCUUGGCCUGAUGGAUGCAAUGAACUAGACACCAGUCAGAGCGAUACUGGUGAUUCAGACUUUGCUUCUGAGUAUAAUAGCCAUGUCCCACAAAGGCAAACUCCAGCAUCUAAUGGAGCCUCUCUCACCAAAGAUGACGAGUUUCUUCAGCCUGAGAAACCAUUUUGUGCUUCAAAAUCCUACUCUCCAUUUAUGAUAAAUGCAAAUGAGACUUUGAGCAAUGCAGAGUCCAGGACAGUGCGAAAUGUCUUUUCUCAGAUGGUUGCAGUGAUCAUGUGUUUACUCAUUUCGAUAUGUACAAGAUAUUUUCUGGGAGGAUUGUCUGCCACUUUGUUGCUGCUAAUUUUAGUUUUUCUUUUGUCCCAAGAUGCUGCUGUGUCAUCUUUCUUCAGUCUUGACACAUCUUUCAAAACAACUAAGUUUUGGGUUCGGGAGUUCAGUGUAUCCCAAGGGCACCGAGACAACCUGGCAGACCUCCUAGUGUUUGAAUUGAGUAUAGUGGCAGUUAGAGGCAAGCAGGCACAACUUGGAGAGCCCUAUUGCAAUGACAGUCUCAUGUUCAGAGCACGCAAGGGUCUUAGCGCAACACCUUGGAUGCUCAAGGAUG